CCUCAGUCUCUCCUCUCUUCACUUCGCUUCCUCUCCUCCUCUCUACAGCUUCCAGAACUAUAGCGCAACCGUCCCCAUCACUCUUUUUCCUCCCCUCCUCCUCUUUCUCUCACCGCCAGAUCUCGCUCCUCUGCGUCUCUCACCCCUUCGCUUCCCCCUCCACCUCCCCAGCUCAGUCCCUCACUUCUCUCUGACGCACGACAAGGAAACGGACCGAGGAGAAUAUAUAUUUAAAAUAUAUAUAUAUCUAUAAGAGACAAAAAAAAAAAAAAAAAAAAAAAAAAAAAGAAAGAAAAAAGAACAGCAGCUGACCUAACAUCGAUAUGAUCCACAGACUGUUGCACCGGGAAGGUACACGGUCUUGAAGCCGAGAAGAGGACACUCUUAUCCGGCUACACUGUUUUGGAGCGCUCGCCUGGGAGGAGGCGGCGGCGGAGGAAGAGGAGGAGGAGGAGGAGCAGAGGGGAGGAAGGGAAAGCGGACGGGCACAAGUCGAGGACUUGCAUUUUAAGCAAACUGCUUAGGGGAAAAAAGGGAGAAGAGAAAGAACGGGAGAGAGUCAGAGUCACCGGAGAGCGAGAGUGGGAAAGAUUACAUUCCUAUCACGUCUUCAUUUCUCCUCUCUCCUCUCUUUUGCCACAGUCACUGAGAGGGUGAGGGAAGGAAAGAGAGAGAGAGAGGGAGAGGGAGAGAGAGAGAGAGAGAGAGGGAAGAAGGAGAGAGCGAGCAAGAGAGAGAUCUAACAAGAUUCAAACUAGUGGUCUUAUUUUCCCGAUGCUUUCCAAUUGCACUAAAAAACUAAGCCCGGCAUCGGACGGCGAGCGGGACGCACCGGGCGACGACAGGACACACCGCAGGAGGAUAUGUGAAGUUGGAAUCCCACUAAACUAAUGCUGUGAAGUGGCUCUGUCCCUGGAGCCGAGACUUCAUCCCUCUGGUGUCAGCGAGGAUGCUGUGGGUUACCUUGCUGAGCACCAUAGCCUUAGGAUGGACCACCCCAAUCCCACUACUAGAGGACUCAGAGGAGAUCGACGAGCCCUGCUUCGAGCCCUGCUACUGCGAGGUCAAAGAGGGCAUCUUCCAUGUCCACUGUGACAGUAAAGGAUUUACAAAUGUCAGCCAGAUCUCCCAGAUAUGGAGCCGGCCCUUCAAGCUCAAUCUGCAGAGAAACUCGAUGAGGAAGCUUUACUUCAACAGCUUCCUCCACCUAAACAAUGCCAUAUCCAUUAAUCUGGGUAAUAACGCCUUGCAAGAUAUCCAUGCUGGAGCGUUCAAUGGCUUAGGAAUACUCAAACGGCUGUUCCUACAUGAGAACAAACUAGAAGUUUUUCGGAAUGACACUUUUCUUGGCUUAGAGAGUUUAGAGUAUCUCCAGGCGGACUACAAUGUUAUCAAACGGAUUGAAAGCGGUGCAUUUAGGCAUCUUCACAAAUUACGAGUGCUCAUUCUGAAUGACAAUCUGAUCCCUGUGCUCCCAAAUUAUCUUUUCCGGUCUGUAUCACUUACACAUCUGGACCUGAGAGGAAACAGACUAAAGACAUUGCCUUAUAAGGGCAUGCUGGAGUAUGUUGGGCGGAGCUUAAUGGAAAUCCAGCUGGAGGAGAACCCAUGGAACUGUGUGUGUGAGAUAGUUCAAUUAAAAACAUGGCUGGAGAGAAUCCCUUAUACAGCUUUGGUUGGUGAGAUCACAUGUGAAUACCCAUUCCACUUACAUGGGAAAGACUUACGGGAAAUCAAGCGGAGUGAGCUCUGUCCGCUGCUCUCCGAUGCAGAGAUUGAGGCCAAGUUGGGAAUUCCCCGGGUCCCAUUCAACAAUGAGAACACAUGGCCUACUAAACCUUCCUCCAUGCUCUCCUCCUUUCACAACACAGCCUCCUCUGUGGAAUAUAAGGAAAGAGUUCCCAAGCCUACCAAACGACCACCUCGACCCACAAAGAACCCCCCAACCCCACGUAGUAUUUACCCAGGCAUCAACCAACCCCCUAUUGCUGGCUACCAAACAAGACCCCCCAUCCCAAUCAUUUGUCCAGCUGGAUGCAUUUGCAACCUACACAUUAAUGACCUGGGACUCACAGUGAACUGUAAAGAAAAAGGCUUUCACAACAUCUCUGAGCUCCUGCCACGGCCUCUCAAUGCAAAGAAAUUGUAUCUCAGUGGAAACCUAAUACAGAAAAUCUACCGUUCUGAUUUUUGGAACUUCUCAAGUUUGGAUUUACUGCAUCUGGGGAAUAAUCGGAUAUCAUACGUCCAGGAAGGCGCCUUUAUCAACUUGCCAAACUUAAAGAGUUUAUAUCUAAAUGGGAAUGACAUUGAGAGACUAACCCCUGGGAUGUUUAGGGGACUGCACAUGUUGAGCUAUCUUUAUUUUGAGUAUAAUGUCAUACGUGAGAUACAGCCUAACUCCUUCUCCCUAAUGCCAACCCUCCAGCUGGUUUUUCUUAACGACAACCUGCUCCGCUCCCUUCCAACUGACGUCUUUGCUGGCACCAACCUGGCACGCCUGAACCUCCGCAACAACUACUUUCUCUCUCUGCCUGUGCGUGGUGUUCUUGAGCAUCUGACCUCCAUCGUCCAGAUUGAUCUCCAUCAGAACCCCUGGGACUGCUCCUGUGAUAUCAUCCCCCUGAAGCAGUGGCUGGAGAAGCUCUCCUCUGUCAUUGUGGUUGGUGAUGUCAUCUGCAAGACACCUGAGUUUGCUUUUGGGAAGGACCUGCGAUCACUGGAGGUGGAGGUCAUCUGUCCUGAGCUGAAAUAUUCUUCAGGCCCCUCACCGGUUCUGCCUGGGGAUGACCUUACCACAGGGAGCUCUGAAAUGGGGGAGGCAGGUUCAAGGGGGGCUGUCCCUCUGUCUGUCCUCAUCCUCAGCCUCCUCAUUCUCUUCAUCUCUGCUGUUUUUGUGGCUGCCGGGCUUUUUGCCUUUGUUCUUCGUCGGAGGAAGAAGCUGCCCUUCAGGAAGCGUUCGGAGGUAGAUCUGACCGGGAUCCAGAUGCAGUGCAGGAUUUUCGAGGACCCACCUAGGCAAAGUAGUGCUGGUAAUGCUGGCACACCAGAGAAACCGACACCCAGUAUGCACACACACACUCACACCACUCACACACAUGCCCACGGUCAUGUUUAUGAUUACAUCCCUCACCCUGUCACUCAGAUGUGUAACAACCCCAUCUAUAAGCCCAGAGAGGGGGAGAUAGCAGAAGAGGAGAGAGGGCACUUUUCAGAGAAGAAAGACAAUGGCAGCAGUAGCAACAGUAACUACAGAACCUUGUUAGAAAAAGAGAGAGAGUGGACCCUGGCCGUUUCUAACUCUCAACUCAACACAAUCGUCACAGUCAACCACACCACUGCUGAUAUGGCAGGAUUUCAUGAGAAUGGUGGGCUCUGCCCAACAGUGAUUGACAGUCAGAGGCCCACUCCAACUGUGGGCUUUGUAGACUGUCUCUAUGGGACAGUACCCAAACUAAAGGACAUGCAUGUGGCGCAUGCACACCCACCAGGCAUGCAGUACCCAGACUUGCAGCAGGAUGCACGGCUGAAGGAGACAUUGCUUUUCACGGCGGGGAAAGGCUGCUACCCCGACCCGUCCCAAAGCGAUUACCUCGAGUUAAGGGCCAAACUUCAAACCAAGCCGGAUUACCUCGAAGUCUUGGAAAAAUCUUAUCGGUUUUAACAUCUCUAGCCCAUGGAGAAAAACAAAACACAAAUUCCUUGUGUUCACUUUGCCACCCUCAAAACAAAAUCACCCACAACCAGUUUGAAAAAUAAACUUGGAAAGGCAGCAUGAUAUCAAUAAAAUAUUAUAUUACAGUUACAACGUUUCCCCCCAAAUCACUUUGGAGGAGAGGCCAUUCUCAGAUAUUUCAAUGAAGUGCCUUUUUUCAGAGUAGCCAGCAAUGUCAACAGCCGUUAUUUUUAUAAUAUAUAAAUAUCUAUAUGCCCAAGAGAGAGUAAAAUAUGAAUGAGAGGGGCACCGGGGAAUAACGCAUACAAAACAUCCUAAAAUGCAUCUAUCACUAAAACCCCUUUUUAUGGAGUGAUACACAAGACGCACGGGAGCUGGAAGUCUCCUUGACUUGGGGGUGGGGGGGUUCUUUUGGUCUCUCUUGCCCUGACUUGGAUGUACAAAUACCCGGAGGCGUGCACAGAAGUUUGUAGGAAAUUACUGAAAGAGGAAAAAAAAAAAAACAUUAUAAAUGAACUGCAGUUUGCUGCAUGCACUCGCUUCAGUGCAGGAAGCGAGGGGAUCUACUGAGAACUAUUACAUCACAUUAUAAACAGAGAUACUGCAACGCACUUACAGUUCAGUGUUCUAUUUAAUUUUUAUAUCUUAUUAAUAUGGUUAUUACUAUUAAUGAGGACUUCUGUCUAUAUCAGGGUGCUUCUUGUAAAAAGGACGCGCCGACGCACGGAUGGUAAAACAUUUGUGAAUAUUAUUGUAAGACAACGCUCAAGGUUUUCUGGAUAGCCUAUUUCCACGCACUUUGUUAAGACCAUCCCCUCCAUUUGCUUCUGGAUUCCCCAUCGUCACCCACUAACGGCUUUGUAGGAGGCACUUUUAAUGUUUUCUCUCACAAAGAUUUGAAGAAAAUGUGCAUAUAUUUAUUCUGUAAUUUCAGUGAAGAAUUUAAUUGUAAAGGUAAUGUUAAAUCAAUGUAUAGUGAUUAUGCGUCUGGUAUAGCCUUCUUAAUAAAAACAAAGUCUUCAAUCAAAUGAUGAAAGGCUUGAUGCCACGGGAACAUGUGUGUGGAACGCAUAUUGACAGGCUGUCUGUUCCGGUGUCUUGUUGAAAUGGUUAAAGCUGUGGUGAGCCAUCAUGAGAUAAGUGCUGCUGGGGAUGGGAGAAUGGCUAGUGAACCAAUAGACGGGAAUCGGGGGCAAUAACAUGGUUCAAAUUAUGCAUAGUUCUUUAUUAUUUGCGGUUUUAGAACCCAGCUCUUAUAGUGUCUAUAAACGGAUGAGUAGACUUUUCUUUUCCCGUUGCUGGAUACCAUCAUUCACCAGUGUGCUAUGUAUUUUAGAUAACCAGCACGUUUCUGGUAAGAAAUGGAUGUAAGGUGAUGGUUUGAUGGAUGGAGUUUUAGAAGAGCGCAGAGCCAGAAUAAGUCAAACCAAUGCGCUCAGGCAUGCUGCGUUUUUUUUUUGUUUUUUUUUUUUUUUUUUGCUGGUUGUAGGUGCACAAACACUUAGGAGAAUGAGUGGAAACGUGACUGGAAGCCGCUCUUGAAUUUGCGCAUUAAACCCUCUGCCUGCCUCCAAAGUAGCAGUGCUGGUUCCGUCCACCGGAGGGCGACAAAAAACAUGCCCACGUUCACAAUGGAGGUUCAGUAGAUUGGGUGAGGUUCUAAUGUAAUGCACAAACGUCUCUAAUAGGUAAUCUAGUCUCAUUUUCUGUAUGAAAUAUUUCCAGAAUUGCAUCUACAUAAGAAGCACCUACCCACCAGAGGUAUUUCACGUCUAAUUUUUGUUUUGUUUUUUCCUCGCUCAUUGUUUUCCUCAUCUGUUACAAGUAUUUAAAAAAAAAAAAAAAAAAAAAAAAAAAACAGCAGAAUAAAAAGUGGUGGAAGAAAAUGCAAAAUUUUAAAGGAAACCUUUAUCAUGAGAGUGAUGAUCAACAUUGGAAUUUUAAUGUCUGAAAAAAAGGUUAAAAAUGUUUAUCCCUGACAUGUUUGUUUUGUUUUUGUUUUUUUUCCCUGUGCAUUGAAUAGUCAUCAGUUGCUUAACACAUGUUGUGAAUUCUUUGCUAUUUGAUUCAUUUUAGUAACAAAUAAUACACAUGGAUGGAAAAGCAAAUAUGAAGCAGGUGUGGACUAAAUAUGGUGUUACAUUAUACAAUCUUACAAGCUGUUUCUUUUUCUUAUGGUGACUUUUAAUUUGGUAAAGAAAAAAAAACAAAAAAAAUGAGAUCUUGAUGUCUAUAAAUUUGUGAAUUUAUAAGAAGAGGAGGGUGAAUUUCUGUUUUGUUUUAUAAUUGGCAUGAUAUGCAACUUGCUUUGGUUUAAAAGAGUUAUAGGAGUGGUGCUCCUCAGUUCAAUUGGAUGUUAUAGUUUCUCAUAUGUGUCAACUUAUAGUAAGUGGAAAAUGUAGCAAACCACACUCUUUCCUGUUAAAUGGGAAGACCCUUAGCUCGUCUAGAAAAGUCAUCUUGAGUAAUUUAUCAUCAAUGAUCCGGUCUCCUAGCUUGCAUAAUAUGGAACAUUUAUCCUUGUGUUGUAUUCAUUGUUUUAUUUUCUUGACAAUUAUUGCUCUAAUGCGUGGAGGUCACCUUCAUUUAAAGCCUUUGUAAGUAUGGUAGCAUUAUGACAUCAAGACUUUUAUUUUAUUUUUUAUUUUAUUUUCCGACUCACUUGCAGAUACUUUAAAAAUGCUGUACCCCAUGUUCUGCUGCCCUACCUCAUUUAUCUGCCUUUAUCACUUAUACACUCACACCCACAGACAUUUAGAGACAUGAACGCACACACACAGGCACACAUAAAGACUCCCUUUUCCUGACCAAGAGGUUGGACUACACUAUAUGGUCAGCAUUUUCAGUGUGCACUCAGUUUGAUUAAAAACAUAAUGCAUUGCUCUGUUAAUCCCAACCUUCACCAUCAUCCCUACCCCCCAAAAGAUAAAUAAAUAAAGUUUUGGGAUCAUUGA